AUGUUCCAAGUCCAUCGCUUUGGCUUUUUAGCCAUUGCUUUGAUAUUUCAUUUGGUCUACAUUUACUCGAUUUUUGACAUCUAUUUUGUCAGUCCUAUUGUUUCUGGAAUGCAACGAUAUGGAGUCCCAAGACCUGUAGGAAGCGAAGCUCCUGCCAAAAGAUUAAUUUUAUUCGUCGCCGACGGUCUUCGUGCCGAUAAAGCUUUUCAGUCAUUUCCGAAUCCAUUUCCAAAGAAUGAAGACGACCUCUUACCUCGUCCUCUUGCGCCUUUCUUGCGAUCGCGUGUACUUGAGCAUGGAACAUUUGGGGUAUCUCACACUAGAGUUCCCACUGAGUCUAGACCAGGACAUGUCGCGCUUAUCGCAGGUCUCUACGAAGAUGUAUCUGCUGUGACAACAGGAUGGAAGCUAAAUCCAGUGAACUUUGACAGUGUAUUCAACAGGAGCCGGCAUACCUGGAGCUGGGGAAGCCCUGAUAUUCUCCCAAUGUUUCAGCUAGGUGCCACACCUGGCCGUGUAGAUGCCUUCACAUACUCAGCAGAGAAUGAAGAUUCUUCGCAGGAUGCAUCCAAGCUAGAUUUAUGGGUCUUUGAUCAUGUUAAAGAUUUUUUUUCGGAAGCUUCCAAGAACGCGACCCUUAACGCAGAAUUACGACAAGACAAGAUAGUCUUCUUUCUACACUUGCUAGGUCUUGAUACAAAUGGGCAUGCAUUCAGACCAUACUCUAAGGAGUACCUGCACAACAUUCAAUUAGUUGACGAAGGCAUAAAAAAUAUCUCACAGUUAGUUGAAGAUUUUUAUGGAGACAAUAAGACUGCAUUUGUAUUCACUUCUGACCAUGGAAUGAGCGAUUGGGGAAGUCAUGGAGAUGGUCACCCAGAUAAUACUAGGACCCCUCUAAUUACUUGGGGCUCAGGGAUUGCAAAACCUAAUAAAACAGAAGGCAAAAUCGCUCCUGGACAUGACGAAUUCUCUUUAGAUUGGUCUAUGAACGAUGUUCAGAGGCACGAUGUAUCUCAAGCUGACAUUGCAGCAUUAAUGGCUUACCUGGCUGGACUUGACUUCCCUGUGAACUCGGUUGGCAAGUUACCGCUCGGAUUUCUAUCUGGAGACAAUGCCUCAAAGUCAGAAGCUUUUCUUGCUAAUGCCCGGGGUAUCCUAGAGAUGUACCAAGUCAAAGAGGAACAGAAGAAAAAUACGGAGUUCAAGUUUCGAAAAUUUAAAGCACUUGGAGAUGCAAACUACUCCACAGACCAGAGGUUUCUUAAUAUUAGAAAUCUCAUUGACCAAGGCAAAUAUGAAGAGGCCAUCAUAGAGACAAGUGAUAUUUUUGAAAUUGGUCUAGAAGGUCUUCGAUACCUUCAGACGUACGAUUGGCUUUUUUUACGUGCGCUCAUUACGACCGGAUAUCUUGGAUGGAUCGCAUUCGCUUUGACAACUACAAUCGAUUUACACGUUCUGGAACACAAAUCCAAAGCUUCUCGCUCAUUUGGUGGCAUAUUAUUUUUUUCAUCUGUAUUGGUGAUUCAAUAUGCCUCAUUCAUAGUUUCAAAAUCGCCAUCGACUUACUAUGCAUACUCACUUUUUCCAGUUAUCUUCUGGGAAGAAGUUUUUGCGCGAAGACAUACACUGGCCCGAGGUUGGAAGGUUUUACUAGAAACAAAUGACAGCACCAGCGGUAUAUUUAUAUUUAUUUUUAAAGUAAUUUCUGGAAUAGUCCUCUUCGAGCUACUUGCACUUGGAUAUACGCACAGAGAAGUUUUUUCUUUCUUAUAUCUAUGCGCAGCUUUUUGGCCGACAUCGUAUGGACUUAAUUUCAUCAUUGAUAAUAAAGAGGUAGUUGCAACUUGGGUGAUUAGUUGUUUAAUGAUGAGUACUUUUACUCUAUUUCCGGCGAUUAAAGUUGAGGACGUAAAUCUUAUAAUAUCUGGCGGACUGCUGAUGAUAGCUAUUGGCAUUAUUUAUCUUAUAUUUGAAAAUAGAAUUCUUACAAAAUCAAACCUGAAUGAAGAUAAACUAUUAUCCUCAAAAAUCCUUCUUUCUAGAUCAUUAAUUGGAGUUCAGCAGAUUGGUUUUAUAAUUCUCGCCAUAUUCAUUACAUACUUCAAUAUUUUAUCUUUAAAAGCCAAGUCUGGACUUCGAAAGGGAAACCAGAUAGUUGGAUGGAUAACGCUAGUUUUGCCACUCAUCAUGCCACUCAUGCACCGGCUAAGGCCAAACAAACACUACUUACACCGAUUGAUGGUCAUUUUUUUAACUUUUUCCCCCACAUUCGUUAUCCUCACAAUAUCCUAUGAGGGACUUUUCUAUGUUGGAUUCUGCGUCACACUAGUAACAUGGGUUCGCAUCGAACACAUUUUACACAUCAUGAAUUCUAAAGUAACUUCCAACACCGAGGCUGUAGAUGCACUGCUUCGUCCUUCGAUCAAACCUUAUCGAUCACUAACGCUGGCUGAUACUCGAGUAUCCAUUUUCUUUCUCACACUUCUUCAAUCCGCAUUCUUUAGUACGGGUAACGUGGCUUCAAUAUCUGCAUUCAGCCUCGAUAGUGUUUACAGGCUAAUUCCGAUAUUCGAUCCGUUUUCACAGGGGGCUCUCCUCAUGUUUAAACUCAUGAUUCCUUUUGCCCUUAUUUCUGCCAAUCUCGGAAUUCUAAACAGAAAAUUGGGAGUUGCCCCAUCAGCACUUUUCAUGCUUGUUAUGGCUAUAAGUGACUUUCUCACUCUUCACUUCUUCUGGGUCGUGAAAGAUGAAGGAUCUUGGCUCGAAAUAGGGACCACAAUUAGUCAUUUUUGUAUUGCUAGCUUGCUUAGCAUAUUUGUAGCCGUUCUUGAGAGCCUUAGUGGCUUGUUAGUAGGUGAUGUUGAGGUCUAA